UUUUGAUCUCUGGCAGCACUGGUUGGUGUUUCUAACCUUCCAAUGCAUCAAGUAUAGGAUGAUGAGUCUUACAUAACCUUAGCAUGAAUUGUAGGAUCUAAAAUAAAAAAUUUUACGACUUAUGUGCAGCAGAUUGCAAGAUAGCGGCCGCAAGUUUCGAAUUAAUUUCUAAUAACAGGAAAUAUAAUUUAAAAAGAAGAAAAUUGUAUUUGUAGAAUGACAUUUAUGUCGAUACUGAUAAAUUGUAUGUUUUAGAUCUAAUCUUUAAUAUGCCUGUAGCCUUCAUACAAUCCUCAUUUAAAUUUAAUAUGUUGCUCUCCACAAAGUCACAAUUAGCGCGACUUUACUCGACGCAACAACACAUUAGGAAGAAUCAUUAUGACGUAUUAAAUAUCACGCCACAUGCUACUCAAAAUGAAAUAAAAUCGGCAUAUUACAAGCUAACUCUGCAAUAUCAUCCUGACAAGAAUAAAAGCGAAUAUGCCAAACAAAAGUUUCAGGAUAUCUCAGACGCUUAUGAAGUGCUCAGCAAUCAUUAUCAGCGUAAAAUUUAUGAUCGAAAUACAAUGAUACGUCGACAACCAGUAUCGACUACUCAGGAGCCCAUUUCCGAUUACAAAGACAAAGUUUAUUCAGGAUCGUCAAAAAUUUAUAAUUUUGACGCGUGGACGCACGCACAUUAUGGAAAGCAAAUGUACGCAGCACGUCUCAGGAGACAGACAUAUGAGAACAUUAAAAUAAUAGAAGAAAUAAUUAUUCAUUCACAUUAUGAUGAAGAAGAGAAGAUGAAGAAAACAAGAUAUUUUAUAUAGUUAAGAAAUGUGCUAUGUAUUGUGAUAGAAAUUGUUAUUAAUAGCAUGCAGUUAAUGCAUUCAAAUAUGCAUAUCCACAUAUAAACUUUUAGAUAUUUCAAAUGGAGCAUAGACAAUAUUUUAGAAAUAUUAGCAUACUAAAACAUUGUCUAUCAUCAAUAGCUAAAUAACGAAGAAUUUAAAUGUAUAUAUAAUAAUCAGCACUUUUACAACAUGUCAUCAAUAUAAAAAUAGUGAAAAAUUAAUAUGCAAAAGACAUAAUACGCAAAGAGCAUCGAAUACUUUGUAAUCAAGGAAAUGUAAGUGAAAAAUCGUAAAAACAAAUAAAUACAUAACACUUUUCACAUUAA